AUGUACAGUAUUAUCUUGAUAUUUUGCUUGUUCGGUUUAAUACGACUUUCAGUUUGUGAUUAUUUUUGUGAAUCCGAUAGCAAAGGAUUAAAUAAAUGCCACGACGGCGGUUGCAAUAGUCUUGACACCGCUAAUGAAAAAUGCGUUUGCCAUUUUUCUGAAAAUCUAAUGAAGGGAAAAUACUGUGGUGUUUAUGAAAAUAAGUGUCUAAAAAACCCAUGUAAAAACAACGGAACGUGCAAAUCUGGUAUAGGACACCAUAUUUGUAAAUGCAAAGAAAUGUUUUAUGGCAUUAACUGUGAAAAACGUAUUAAAAAAGGUAUGUUUACUAAUUAUAAAUUAAAUGGGUUAUUUCUGUUGCAUUCUCUUUUUCCCGUAUAAUUGAUGUUUAUUAACCAUGAAAUCCUUCCUUCCAAUGGUGAUUUCUUAUUUAAUUAAAACUUACCUGUAUACAAAAGUAUCUACUAUUUCAGAUACGUACUUUGUAUGAGUAUUUUAGAUAGGUGCCUAGUGCCUACCUAUAGUAUAAUAAUAUUAUAUAAUCUUUUUUAAAACUUGAAUCAUUUAUUCAAUGAGAAGUUAUAAUGGUAUAAUAUAACUAUAAUAUUAUAUUAUUAUGCUCGACUAAUUAGUUGAAAAAUUAGGACACAAUUUUGUGAUAAUAAAAUCCAAUGAUAGUAAGUAUAAUAAUUAUACACUAAAAGUCUUUAUUAUUUCAAGAUGAAAAAUUUAAACACAUAAGAAGCCCUUCAAUAUAUUAUCGAAUAAAAUCAACAAUUGGAGAAGAAUUGUAUUUAUUACUUGUUUCGGAAUCAUUUGGAGAUAAAAAAUAUGAUGUAAUUAUUAAAGGUGCAGUACAACAUUUCCACUAUCCAUUAGACGAAUUCAAGCAAAAACAUAAAAAACCUGAUGUUAUAAAACUGUGUUCCGAAAAAUUAAACUCAAAGGAAUUUAUUGUAAAUAAGUGCAUUGAUCCUGAUAACGACAACUGUCAAGAUAUGUGCAAUUUUAUUCGAAAUAUAUACGGUAACACAAAUGUUACAAUAUUCGAAUUUCAUACAAAUUGCAAUAAAUAAUAUUAUGUACCUGUUUACUUCUUUAAUAUCUUCGUAGUUCGUUAAUAACUACUUAUAUGAAGCAUUUUAAUGUUAGAUUUUGAGUGGAGAGAAGAUGGUUUGAUAAAGAUUCUUUUUUUUUUAUCUGUGCACAAAUUUUUACCAGAAGGCUAUCUCAGAUUUCUAUGUGUAGCAUCUUUUCUGAAAGUAAAUUCGCAUAAGCAGGUACUUUAAAAACGUAAUUUUUCGAAUUUCUCAAAAGUUUUCUCUGUAACGGGCCCAACGUAGGAAUAGGACUUAGAGAAAAUAUGUUUGAAAUAAAACAAACUCCAACUUAAGUUUAUAAAUAACUAAUAUUUUCCACACAAAAAACUACAAGUCAAUAAAUUCACAAAAAUAUUACAAGUCCAAAAAUAUUUCGUAAAACAGAGUGACACCAAGUAGCUUGUAUUUGAUCGUGGUGGACUCGUCUGAAUCGGCAAUGUUUCUUGCGGCGUUAUAUAUGCUCUGAAGGACCCGCAAUCCAUCGUUUCAUAGUACGACUAUCUACAUUAUUUCGGCAGUAGCCCCGCAUUUCCUGGAAUCUAAGAAUUGCUCGUUGGUUUGCGCGUUUAUUAUUUCAUUUUACGACUGUGGCCUUACGCGCUGUUAUGCCUAAUUUUACAAAUUCGAAAGGGUAAAUUUUACUAUUGUUUUCGGCUUCCCCCUUUUUGGUUGUUGACGCUAUCGUCCCGCUGGCACCAUCACUGUCGCCGUCGUGUCGCGGCUAUCUCUUUAUUUUAUGUAUGGUGCAUUUCCGUAUAAAUAGUAUACUUAUAUUAUUUUGAUUAUACGUUUAACUAUGCGUUGUCGCCAGUGCUGGCACCGUUGCUUUAUGCCUAUCUGCGCCCUUUGUAUAUAAAACGUGAAAUUGUAUUCUUAGCUCCUGAUUUUAGUUGUGGUCCCCCUUUUGAAUAAUAAUUAUUACAGAUUCACGCACGUUUACUUAUAGUAGCGUGUGGGCACGUAACAUCUCAUCAAAUGCGAAAAACCAAAAACAAAAAACGGGAAAAUUUACGAUUUUUUUUUUCUGUGCACAACUUUUCUACCAGCAAUUUUGGUCCAACUUUUAAUAAUAACAAUGUUUCUAAAAGGAAAUUUCACUUUCGAGGGACUUUAAAGAGGUCAUUUUUGAUUUUUCCAAUAGUUUUUUUGCAAAUGUGAAAACUGGAAUAAAACUUGAGAAAACCGGGAAAAAUAUAGGAAAAUUGGAAAAAUUGGUACAACAUUAAACCAAUUUUAUUAAAGAAAAUAUAUAAAACCUAUCUAAUUAUUAUUUUUACUACAAAAUGUCGUAUAUAUUGUUGACAAAGCAUCACUAUCAACUGAACUCCACUCAGAAUCGUUCUUUCGUAAACAAUAGUUUAUCGUUUCUUACGAAUAUAUAUUAAAUUCCCGUCUAUAUCCUACCUUCCCAACUUCCCACCUACAUUAGUGACUACGCCCGUCCCCAUAAUCUUACCUUUCUUUUUUAACUAUGACAUUUACAGAACAUGAUAAGGAAGUCGAAUUUGCACUAAUUGGUCCCUAUUUCAACACAAAAACAUUGCGUAACAAAAUAGACAUAUUCUUUGACUCAAACAAUACGAAAAAAAUGGGAACUAAAUAUAUCUUAGAACUUCAAUUAUAUUCUACAGUCGAAAAAAAAAUUGACUAUAAAAUAGAUUUUAUUCAAUUCAUGGCAGUCAUAGAUGAUACCUCACUAUGUAUAACUAAUAUUGAUUUUGAUAAUAAUGCUAUAAGCCAGUAAGUUUUUAUCAAAAAUAUUAAAUUAAAAUAGUAUAAAUAAUAUAUUUUAAACACUUAAGGUAAAUGUUAUUUUAUUCAUAAAACACUUAAUUACCCAUUUACAUAAAUAAAAUACUUAGUCAACGAAUAACAAAAAAAAAAAAGAUCAUAAAUAAUAUUGUUUAUUGUUUGUUAAUAAUUAAAUUUAAAUGUUGUAUUAUUUAUUAUCCCUGGUGUAUUUGUAAAUAAAUGUAUAGGUAUACGCACCUUAAAGGGGUUAGGUAAACCCCCGACAAAUGUUUAUGUGUAGGCAAAGCUGUGUAAACGUAUAGACUUAGUUUGAAAUUAAAUCGUAACCUGACAGUAUUAGGUUUAACAGGAUGUGCGUUAUGAAAGUCUACAUUUUAAAAUUGACCAUCUCUUGGCUGCUUUCUUUCUUUCUAAUAAGAUAACUGUUUAUUAUUAUUAUUUAAUUUUUUACGAAUUUAUAGUAAUAAUAAAUUAAAAGCUUGCGUAUAAAUUUAAACUACAUGUUUAAGUUAGUGUACAUCCACAAUCAACGAUUUUGCUUAUAGGGAUCAGGGUAUACGUCAUAUACCCGUGCGUAUACCCUACAAUACACCACUGUUUAUUGUACAAUAUUAAAUUAUAAUUGUAUAAUUUUUCACAAUAUGAUAAAUUAAUUAAACUAAAGAACUAGUAAAGCAAUAAUGACCAAUGAACAAAUCAUAAAAAAUAUAAUACCAUUAAAGAGAAAAGAAAACUGGACGCUUGAUAUACAAGUAGAAAAUGAUAGUCCAAAUUUAUGUAAUGCUCAAAGAAGUGAAACAGCCUAUUGGAAAAUAUUUAAUGCUAACAAACGCAUUCUUAGCUACCAUAGUAAAUUAAAUCAUCGGUUAUAUAUUUUAAUUUCUGUGUUAAUUUCCUUAAUAGAAUAUUUCUUAAUAUAUUUUAUAAAGAUGAAGAGGGACUUUCAUAUUUAGACGACUCGGUGAUGCACGGGGAUGCUGACCUAGUUAUCGAUAAAUACAAGUUGCCAAUGGGAAUCCAUAUCAUGUAUCUCAAUAUAACAACACACAAUAUUAAAAACGGAAAAAAAAUAUCUAAUCUAUACUUUGUAAAUACAUUUUUCGUAUCUCAUUUUUAAAUUUGUAAAAUAAGAAAAUAAAUAAAAGUGUAAUAUUAGCGUUGCAUAGAAACCCUAUUAGAUGGAUUAGUUGCGAAGAUUACAGGACCAUCUCCCUUAUAUAUAGGAGAUACAUUUUUAACAUUGGAUGCUUCCGAGUCAUACAAUCCCAAUGAAAAGAACACUAAAAAAGAUUUAUUAUUUACCUGGGAAUGUAAUAUUGUUGAAGAUGAAAUUUGUAAAAAAACAACAAAAUCAAGUAAAUAUUAAGUACUAGAAAAUUAUAUAACAUAUGAUGAGUUAUAAAAUACAAUCAGGGCACCCGUGCAUAGUAAAAUUACUAAAUUCUACGUUUAUUUAUUUUUAUAUUUAGUUAACUCAUCUUUUCAGCACAUCUGUUGAAUAGAAUUAUAAUUAAAUGAAAUAAUUUUAAGAUGCACACAUGCAUUAUUCUUUGAAUCGCAAAAUAGCAAAAUUAUACAGGUCGCGGGUCAUACAAUAUGUCAUAAAAUUAAACAUUUAUUAAUAUGUUAUAGCUUUAAAUACCAUGUAUUCCUGUUUAAUUGUUUUAAUCAAAAUUACAAUAAUACGUUAUGUUUAUAUUGUAGCGUCAAAACAAACUCUGGGAAAAAAACUGGAAAAAUCAUAUGAAUAUAAUUUUACAUUAACGCUGAGUGUUAGUGAAAAUUAUACACAAUCUAUUGGAAAACCCACAGAAGGAAUCGCAAAAAUAAGUGUGUAUACAGCAUCGAACAUAGGAAAAGAACUAAUUAUCGAGUAAUUACCUACCACCAUUCUAUGUAUCGUUAUUUAUAAUUAUAAUAAAACUCUAUUAAACCGCAGUAUACCUAAUAGUAAUGGAUAAACCAUAAACUUAUACAUAACAAGACAGAAUUUUCAGUAUAAUAACGCUCGCCAGUAACCCGAACACCUGAUUGAGGAAUAAUCAAGAUGGGCGUGUUUUAAUUGCCUAUACCCGAGUUAUAGUGUUGUUCUCUAUUACAUCUCAGUCUCUUUCUUGAUCCGCUAAGCACGACCACGCUCUUAGUUCUCGAGACUAGUAACAAUAAUGCAUUAAGCAAUUUUUAAUAAAAUUAGUCAGGUACUUAUUACCUACAUAAUUAACAUAGAAUCAUUUUAAAAACACAUUGAUAACAAAAAUUAAAUCAAAUAACAACAUAUUUAAAUAAUAGCAUAAUUUUUUUUUUUUAUGAAAGUAGUACCAAUUUUUUCAGUUAUAAUUUAUGAUCAGGGGGAGUUUUCCAAAAAAAGUAUUCAAAUAUAUAUACAAAAAAAAAACAUUCAGAGUAUAUAUUAGAAUAUAUUAUUUUUUUUAAAUUAUCCACAGUAAUAUUUAAAUUUAAAAAAAUCUAUCAAAAAAUGUUUAUUUGAAUUCCUACACAACUGCAUAUUAUCUUAUAUAUAGAUGCUUUGAAAACUGUGUACCGUUGUCAAAUCCAUCGAGUAUUAUACAUCUGGAAGCAAAGAAGAAUUUUAUUAGCAAUGAAUCAUUAAAUUGGUAUUAUCAAGAGAUAAAUAAUACUACAGAAACUCGAAGUUCAACUGACACUAUUGCACUGACAGACGUACCGAAUCGUAUGCUCAUUGUAAACAAAAACAUGUUACGAUACGGAACAAAGUAUAGGUUUUUUGUUGAAUGUAUGUUUGAAUUAUUUGUAUUUUAUUUUUUAUUACUAAACUUUCCGGAUGCUUCCUAAUUUAUGUUUAUAAAUAAUAUAAUUUGGUAAAACUAACUAUUAUUUAUUAGGUUUAAAAUGUGGAUUGAAAAAUGAAAUCUACAUAACGACUAUUUCAAAACCAAAAGUCGAUAUUUGUACAAUAUCACCAGAUUCUGGUUUAGCGGGUAAAACAUUGUUUACUAUAUCCUGUAUGAAUUUCACUAAUGAAAAUAAUACGGAAAAUACUUUUGAAUAUUAUCAAAAAAAUAAAUAUGACGAAACCUCCUUGGGUAAGUAAUAAAUUUUACAAGCAUUGUAAAUCAAAUGAAUAUUAUGUAGAUUCAAAUUAUUAUAAUUUAAUUAUCAAUUUAAGGAGUUUUAUUAAUUCGAGGUAAUAGAACAAUGACAAAUUUAAAAUUAACCUCGUCCAAAUAUUUAACGGUAAAAGUUAUAAAUAAAUUUGGAGCAUCUACACAAGUGAACUUAACUGUGGACGUAAAUAAUAAUUUUAUCUCUAAUUAUAACAAAUACUGUAAUAUACAUUUUUUUAUUUUAUUUUACUAGAAUAGUGUAAAACGUAACUCUCUUGCAUAAUUACAGGUGAAAAAAUGCAAUUCUCAUUCAAUGAAAAACUUAUUCAAAGAAUUAAAAACUAACUCAAUGAAUAAAGAUAUUUCAAGUAGGUAUUAAUUUUUGCAUUCAAUUACUAUAUAAUCAGGUCGGUAAGUUUUGAUAAUAACUAUAAUCUUUAUUGUUUGAUUAAUUUAAGGAACCGUGUCAAUUAUAGCCAUUUUGAGUGAUCUACUUCGUGAAAAUCAUAUUAAUAAAUUUAAUAAGUUGUUUAACAUAUUGGCUCAGGUAUGAAAAAUUAAUAAUUUAAGUAUGAAGCAUGUCUUGUUUUUUGAAAUAAUUAAUACAAACUAUGUAGCUAAUAAUAUAAUUAUAAUUUAUUUACAGAUACCAAUUAAGAAUUGUAUUUUCUGUAGUGUUCAAUUUAUAUCAAUACUUCAGAAGGUUAUGAAAGAUUAUAAUGAAGUUGCUAAUGGUAAAAUGGAAAUAAAUACAAUUUCAAAAAUGUCAAAAGAACUGCUCAGGGUUUCUGAUUUUUUAUAUGUAUAUAUUAAAACAUCGAAUGAGACUGAUAAGAUAAUUGAAGUUGACAAUGUGGAACAAAUAAAAGAGUAAACCUCAUAGAAGAAUAAAAAAAUAAGAGAUUUUUAAUAUUGUAUUUAUUUAAAUAAUUGUAGAGGACUAAAAACAAAUUUAGCUAUUUUUAAAAGUAAUCAGUUUAACAUAACAAAACCGAAUGAUCCUUCAGAACGGUUUUUUUGGUCAUCAAUGGAUAAUGUAUAGGUUCUUUAUAUCUUUAAUUUAUUUUUGUUUUUACUUUUUUAAAUAAAUAUUUAUUACUUGUUAAUAUAUAGAUGAACAUUAUAACUGAAAGCACCGAUAACCUUCUAAAAAUGUUUGGAAAAUCGAUUAUUCUCGAAUUGGCACCAUAUUAUGAAAGAUUAAUUAUUUGCGUAAAAGAGAUUAAAGAUGUCAACGCAUGUGUAUGCUAGUAAUCAAAUCAAAUGCAGGGCAAUAAACGUAACACAAGACAUUCAUUAUCUCAGAAAAUAUUAAUUUUUUUUUUUUGAUUUUGUUUUUUAAAACAUUUAAAAAAUAAAUAGUUAUAAAGUGUUACAUUACAGUUUUUUUGCCAUUUUUUAAAGAAUAGAACCACUACCUACGAUUGAUUUCCAAAUAAAAACCUUUACUAAAAAUAAAUAAAUAGGUGAAGUAUUAUUGUAAAUAAAUUUUGGUAUUAACAUUUUUGAUGUUGAGCAGCCUAUUUAAGAAUUUUAAGUUUGGAUAAGGGCAGAGUAGUAGUAUACCAUUAAAACAAUGCACGUCGUACUGCUACACAAAUAAUGCACCACUCCUCCUCCGUCCAAAUUGAAAAAUAGAAUAUUCAAUCAACGUUAAUAGUUUCUAAAAAUUAAACAUUUCAACGUUAAAAUUGAUUUUAUCUAAUACUUCACUUAUUUAUAGGAUUUUCAAUUUGAAAAUCAAAAUUAGGUAGUGGUUUCACACCCUAAAAUAAGAGUGACGAAAAAAUUUAAUUUUCUAAAAAAUAGAUAUGAAAAUAAAAUCAGAAAAACUUUAAUAAUUCUCGAGAUAGUAAGUGUCUUAUGUCAUGCUGACCCUAUAUUAUAUAAAAUAUAACCAAUAAUAGAAAAUCUUUGUUUACAGAUUUUGUCAAGUGAAUGGUUAAAGAACAGAACAUUUCAUACUAAAUCUAAUGAAUUUCUGUAUAAUACUAUUGAUAGAGAAUUAGGGAAUGAACUUGUAAUACAGGGAAAGGAAUGGGGAAUAAUAGUAUGUUUUUUUUUUUUUAAACACAUAACCAUUUUCAAACAUUUAAACUUCAAAUUUAAAAGUUUAGAUGUUCAAUGUUGAGAAUGAUUUAAUACAAUCAUUUGACAUAUUUGAAGAUUCCAACAUAAAUUUUCAAAUUGUGUCAUUUGACGUAUUACGUUUUAACCAGAAUAAUCCAAGAGAAUUGAUUGAGUACCAUUCAUUUGAAAAGCCUAUACAUUUAAACUUUAAAAUGAACAAAACUAACAUGAGAAAACCUAAGGAAUAUACAAUUUGGGUUCCAUCGAAAAAUUGUAGUAAUCUCGAAUUUGAUAAAACAUUAUUGGUGUAUAGAAUAGAUAUGAUAAAUAUUCAACAUUUAUUUGUUACAUUAAGUGAUUCAACUCAUGAUUUACGUGUAUGUUUUUAUUUCAUUAUACAAACAAUAUUAUGUUUUAACAAAAAUUCAUAUUGAAUUGUCUAGUUUCCUAUAUUUAUAGUUUACAUGGUUAUAUGAUAAAAGGCCAGAUAUCGGAAUAAUGAAUAAUGAAACAUACACAAUAAAUAUUAUGGCUGGUGAAAAAUAUGAGUUUACAUUAAAAACAUUCAGUGAGCGUCAAAAUAAUAUACAUUACAUUGGUAUAUCAGCUAAUAUGGUAAAAUUUUAAUCUGAGUCUUCAUAGCAUAAUCUAAUAAACAUAUACUUUCGUAUAAUUUCAACAACAAUGUACUUAUUAUAUACAUUGCAUAUUAUAGUGCAAUAGUCAAUUGUACAUACUACAUAAGAAUAUAUGAUUAUACGAAAUUAUAAAUAUACAAAUAUGUCGGUAAAAUUGUUGAUUAUAACAAGACAGCAUAAUAUUCCAAAAGUAUCUAAAAAUGAUUUCCCUACAUACAAGUCGUAUUUUCUUUAUCAUAAUUCGUUAGUAAUCUAAAACCGAUUUUCAAAAAAAUUAUUAAUAACAUUGAUUAGUAUUUACUAAUUACUAAUUACUAAUUAGGUAUAAAUCUAUUGCAUUUGUAUAAUUUUAAGUAUUUGCUAUCUUAAAGAUAUAAUAGAUAGGUAAUCUAGCAGGUAUCUAGUGUUAUUAUAACCUAUGUAAGAUGAAUAAUCAAACAUUUAUUGUUGUGAAUUUUUUUUUGUAGACACCACCGAGCUAGGUGGGAUCGCGUUAGCAUUACUUCCCCGGGUCUGGUUCACUCUCCUAGGCAUGCCCAUCUCCCUGUGUUAAAAAAUCAACCAUCUGAUCUACACCACUUCGCCGCUCUUGCCAGGAACGCAGUCUCACCGCCACCUUCUACAUGGUUGUUGAUAUAGGAACGGUCCCGUCCUUUGUUGGCAGCGUUCUCACGGGUUCUCACCCUUUAAAAUGCCGUGAAAUAUUCUUACGGCAUCCGGGUGAUAAUCAGGGAAACCUCCUCAUAUACGAUACGAUAUUGCUUUGUCAUUCUUAGGACGAUUUAAUUAAAGAUAAGAAAUAUUAUAACCACAAAUUAAGAUAUACAGAAUACCGAACAAGAGCCUGUAUCUGUAUUUUGACAAAUCGAAAGUUUCUAAUUUCCAGUUUUCAUGGCACUAAAUAAUUACAAUGCUUAAAUGAUCAACUCAUUAUGUAAGGUAAAUCAUCAGUUUCUAAAAACACAUCUACUGACUAUAUAACUAAUAUAUAACUAAUAUAACUAUUCAUUUUUCUUUAAUUCUUGCCAAAUGGUACCAUUAGUUUAUUAAACGCCAUUAAGGUAACAAAGUACUCUGGAUUUUGGAAAAAUUUGUCUUCAACUGGUAAGAUCUCAUUCAGUAGCCUGUAUAAUAUUAAUUUGUGAUUAUAAACUAUGGGAAGUAAAGAACAAAACAUUUAAUUAUUUGAAAGUUAAUUUAAUUUAUUUUAGGAUCAAAAAAAUACUACACAAAUUCAUAUGUCUAAUAUUCAUUUUUCAAUGGAUAUGUUUAGUCCACAAUGCGUAUAUUGGAACGGAAAGAAAUGGACAACAAAAAAAAUGUUUGUAAGUCAUUUCGAAUAUUAAGUUAAUGCAUAUACAACUAUCGCCAUAUAAAAAGGUAUACUUUUAAAAUGGCAUUAUUGUAGGUUGGUUCAAAAACUACAAAAGAUAAUAUUUACUGUGAAACUAAUCACGUGUCGUUGUUCGGUGGUUUAAUAUUGACUUUACCUAAUAUAACAGACCCCGUUGAAGAAGUAUUUCAUUAUGAAUCCAUUGCCAAUAAUAUGGUCUGCCUUAUAUUAGUAGCUGUGGUGUUCAUAAUUUAUUUAAUAUUACUCGUUUGGUGUAUACAUCAGGACAAGAAAGACGUGUCAAGGGUAAUCACUAUAAUAAUUGUAUCAACCAUUUAUAUAGGUAGUUUAUAGGUGUUUAUGGUGAAUAAAAUUUAUGAACAUUACAUUACAGGGUGAAAUCAUAAUUCUUCACGAUAAUUAUCCUGGAGAAGACGAAGUAUACUUAAUAACGGUGUAUACAGGAAACAGUCUUGAAGCUGGCACUACGGCUAACGUCUGCAUACAAUUGUAUGGAGCUAAGGGCACAAGUCGAGUAAGUUAUUAAUAGGGCCCGGAUUUAUAUGCAUUUGCAUGUUCUUUUAACAGUCCAAAAAGUAAUUGUAUAAGCUACCAGUUCCGAAAUAAAAAAUUGUUAUUUUUUAAUGUGUACUGCACAUUUCUGUAUUAUACGAUUUUGCAUUAUACUGUAGUCGAAUACCUAGUGUAUCAUACACAUUUAUUUUUCUAUUGUUCAUUGGUUUUACUCACAAAUACCUAUGGUUUGCAAGAAAUUUGAUUUCUUAAAUUAUCUAAUCGCUUCUAGAUAAAGAUAAUUCGAUUAGGACUAAUUGUUGUAAUCAGUAUAUUUAGUAGAUUUUCGUGAAUCAUAUUUUCAAAAUGUUUCAAAAUACAACUGUCAAAAUACAAAUGCAACAAAUGUUGCAAUUAAAUUGUUUGUACUAGAUAUUUAAUACAUUUUUUUGUUUCAUUUCAAUUAUAUACAUUUUUAAACUAAAUAAAUUUAAUUAGCAUGCAUUUUUGUUUGCAUAUUUUAAUAAUAAUCAGUGUAUAAAUACAUGCAUAUUUCGUACGUUUUUAGUGCAUAUAAUUUCGUGUCCUAGUUAUUAAUGCGUGGCAUUUACACCGUGUGUUUAUAUGUAGAAAUAUACCUAUUAUUCCUUUCAUAGGCUCAUUGGUUGUAUAAUCAUGACAGUGAUGUUUUACAACGUUUCAAUGAUGAUUGGUUUAUUAUUUUUGCGCCAAAAAGUUUAGGCGAAUUACAGUAUAUUCGUAUUUGGUAUGAUAAUUAUGGAAGUGAACCCGAUUGGUAUUGUAAAUAUAUUGAAGUUACCGAUGUGCGUGGAAAAAGAAAAUGGAAUUUCAACGUGGAACAAUGGUUUUCACUUUCACCAAUAAUUAAUCAAAUUGAACAGUCUAUUUCUGUAGGAAUUCCUCAUGAUCGGAAAAGACAAGUUACAGAUGAUGUAGAAUUAACUUUACGUGAAGAUUAUCAAUGGGCCAGUGUGUUUUUUCGGUAA